UUGGAUUCUUCGAGCACAACUUCACUGGUCCUCCUUUUCAGCUCAGAAAUUGAAGGAGUUUGUGUAUAACAGAAAGAGAGAGAGAGGAUUAUGUACUGGUAUUUGUAGAUUCUACUCUCAGCUUUAGCUAUUAAGCGCUUAUUUUGCAGAUUCUCUCUCUGUUUCCUCAAAUUCUGGAGAAUUCGUAGUGAACUUCCAUACUUGGCUCGGACACAGUCUUAUCCUCUCGCCGCAUUUGAAUCGGAACCGUGCCUGCCUCAGGUACACUUAAUUAGUUCAGUAAAUAUGAAUAGUAAUGCGUUAUCUUCUCGACGCGAUACUUUCCCGGCUGGUCUUCGAGUUCUUGUCGUCGACGACGAUUUGACAUGGCUCAGGAUUCUUGAGAAGAUGCUGAAGAAGUGCUCUUACGAAGUGACCACAUGCUGUUUAGCAAGAGAGGCUCUAAAUUUGCUUCGUGAAAGGAAAGAUGGAUAUGACAUUGUGAUCAGCGAUGUAAAUAUGCCGGACAUGGAUGGUUUUAAACUUCUCGAGCAUGUCGGGCUUGAAAUGGAUCUUCCUGUUAUCAUGAUGUCUGUGGAUGGAGAAACAAGAAGGGUGAUGAAGGGCGUUCAGCAUGGAGCAUGUGAUUAUCUCCUCAAGCCCAUAAGGAUGAAAGAGCUGCGAAAUAUAUGGCAGCAUGUCUUCAGAAAAAGGAUGCGCGAGGCAAGAGAAUUUGGAAGUCUCAAGGGUUUUGAGGGCUUUCAGUUGGUGAGAAAUGGAGCGGAUCAAUUUGAUGAAGGGAACAUAUUUGCUAUAGAAGAUAUGACCUCAACGAAGAAAAGGAAAAACCCAGAUAGCAAACGAGAUAACAAGGAAUUUGGAGAUCAAUCUUCCACUAAGAAAGCCAGAGUAGUUUGGUCUGUGGAUCUUCAUCAGAAAUUUGUCAAGGCUGUGAAUCAGCUUGGACUUGACAAAGUUGGUCCCAAGAAGAUACUUGACUUGAUGAAUGUUCCAUGGUUGACUCGGGAUAAUGUUGCUAGCCACUUGCAGAAAUAUCGGCUCUAUUUGAGUAGGUUGCCGAAGGCUGGAGAUCAAAACUCUUCCUCAAGUGGGACUCAGCAUUCGGAUACAGGAAGUUUCUCUUUUCAGAACCCAAUAAACAAGCAGCAAAAUGAUGUCUCAAUUGACGGCCAUAAAUAUUCCGAUGGAACGUUACAACUUCAGAAUGUGGAUGCGAUAAGACAUGAAAGUAAUCUUAAGGGAAUCACAUCAGGGACUGCGAUGGAUAAAAGCACAGACUUGACUGCUAACACUCAAGAUACAAAUAUAAGAAAGAGUGCACAGAAGAUCAAUGAUCAGUCUUUUGCACCUCCAGACUCCGAUGUAAGCCCCGCAGCAUUAGAGUGUGCCAACCCUUGGAGGAAAUUCCCAGAAAUGCAACUCAAAAAACACCAGCCAUAUCUUCCAACGAAGGAUCGCUUCAGGCACUUGCCAUUACAUGGAACAGAGCAUCUCAUCCAGGUUGAUCAAUCACAAGCAGAUGCUUCAAUCACAUCCGACCGAUCAGUAACAGAGAGAGAAACUGCUGCCUGUAUUGAACCCAACCCUUUGUAUGCUGAUUACACGAGCGAUUAUGCCGGUUCUGUUAGUUCCAUAGGAAGUGCUGGUGGCUUUUCUAUGCAGUACAAGAGCUUUAUGGGGAACGAUCAAUCAUUAGAACCCGUUUCUGUUUCAAAUUUUGCCAGGAAAACAGAAGGAUUCAAUCUUAAUUCUGUUUCUGACCUGGAAUUUCACCAACGAAACCUACUUUUAGGAGGUGAGUUCGCUUCUGCGCUUUUGGAGGAGGAGAUGAAAUCCUCUUGGCUACAAGGUGAACGCUGUAUGAACUCAGGACCGCAGAAUGUAGAUAUGCCGGCGUAUAAUGAUCCAACGCUCACAGGGGAAUUUCCAUUUCAUUUGUUUGACACAGCUGAAUAUUCAGCAGUAGAUCAAGGCCUUUUCAUAGCAUGAUCUGCACCUUCCCCUUUUGAGCCUAUUAAAACAAAUAAUUCACCUCCUUGCGUGAAAUGAAUGACUACUAUUGAAAGUUACUUUUGAGGAUUGGGACAUUUUUGUUUCCCUCUCAGCUAGGAUUUGGCAAGUAUAUAUAGAAGUGGGUGAUGAAGAUCCCCCAUCUUCAUUGUUUCGUAGCUGUUUACCAAGGCCUCUGCUAUACAUUUAGGAAAGCAUUUAA